AUGAAUUCCGAGGAUUUUCGAAUUCGUUCGCCAGACUUAUUUCUACUGCCAUAUGAAGACCAGAAGAAGCAGCGGCGCGUCUCAAAGGUCUCAGACCUGACUCCUCAGGAAAGAGAACUCCUGUCUAGAGUAUGCCAUGUUUCCGCUGAAAGGCAGCCCUUAGGACGGAUCUGGUUACGCACAUGCUACCAGCCAUCCUCGGAUGUCGCUUUCUCAGAAAUUGAGGCUUGGUUAAAGGUGAAAGGAAAUUACUCAAUUUUCAACGACGCAUCAUUAUACGACUUUGGGGCCAAUUGGGAGAAAGUCUUCCUCCGUAUUCCACAGCUCUUAGAAAGCUAUCAAUCUGCCGAGGAAUACGAGGAGAGCGCGAAAGAGGCUCUUGAGGCCGGAAUCGAGGCCGAGGCUGAAGAUGCAGAGCAAGCCGAGGCGGAUGGUUAUGACCCGGAGGAGGAUGGGCUACCGUGGCCCUGCUUCUUUGGUGAUUACCAUAUGGCUCGGAUCGUGGGCCGCAUUUAUAUCGUUGAUGCGAAGACGCUUGCUUCGGAGGGAAGGCAUGCGGGCAAGGUUCUUGCGGUCUGGUAUGAUGAGUGUGGGCGGGUGAUCCGCUCGUAUCGUCAUAAUAAUGUGGAUGAUGCGGCGUGUUAUGUUUAUCUGGACGAUUGCUACUUGACCGAACACGGGUGUUGGGCGAAUGCAAAGAUAGGCAAGGAGUAUGAAUGGGGAGCUCCAUUUGGUCCGCCUUAUGGCGAGAGUGGCGAGAGUGAGGAGGAAGAUGAUGACUAG